UAUCCUUCUUUUCUUCAUCUUCUUCUUCUUCAAUGGAGCUUUGCAACGCCUUCCUUAGCAUCAAAACCAGAAUUCCUCAUCAUCUCCAUUGUAAUUUCAAUCGUUUCUCCAUCAAUUCCGUCUCUUCCGUUUCUCUUCCUUCAUCAACAAACCUCGCACAGACGCUCCAAGCCGACGCAUUAGAAACCCUAGAAUGGUUUUCCGUUUGCAGGCAACUCUCUUCCUUCACUUCCACCUCCAUGGGCCUCUCCGCAGCUCGUAACAGCCGCUUUCCUCUAGGCCGUAAUCUGGAGGAGAGUCGUAAACUCCUCAACCAAACCACCGCCGGACUGGCUCUUCCUCAACCGUUAAAUUUCUCCGGGAUCGAAGAUAUUUCAUCGAUAGUAGAUUCCUCUGUUUCAGGUCGGUUGGCUUCCAUCGGAGAGCUUUGUGCAGUUAGAAGGACUCUAAGAUCAGCUAGACAGUUGUUUGAGCAACUUACAGAGAUUUCUUCAGAUUCGAAAAGGUAUUUGUCACUGACUGAAAUUCUGGAUGAUUGUGAUUUUUUAAUCGAGUUAGAACAAAAGAUUGCUUAUUGCAUAGAUUGUAAACUCUCCAUAAUCUUGGAUAGAGCAAGUGAAGACCUGGAGUUUAUUAGAUUCGAGAGAAAAUCGAACAUGGAAAAUCUCGAUUCUCUUCUAAAGAGAGUGUCGGAACAAAUAUAUCAAGCUGGGGGUAUUGACAAACCUCUAGUAACCAAACGUCGAUCAAGGAUGUGUGUUGGUAUUAGGGCAUCGUAUAAAUCUUUGCUACCUGAUUGCGUUAUUCUUAGCACAAGCAGCUCUGGAGUGACUUACUUUGUUGAACCUAAGGAUGUUGUGGAAUUAAACAAUCAGGAGGUGGCCCUUGCGAAUUCUGAAAAGGUUGAGGAGAAAGCAAUCUUAAGCUUACUUACAUCGGAAAUUGCAGAAUCCAAUACUAAGAUUAAGAUCUUGUUGGAUAGGUUAUUGGAACUCGAUCUUGCUCUUGCUAGAGCGGCUCAUGCUAAGUGGAUUAAGGGGGUUUGUCCAUUUUUGCAUUCUGAUUCAGAAACAUGUAGAACUGGUGAUUCUUUGUUAGUGGAUAUUGAAGGUAUUCGGCAUCCAUUACUUCUGGAGUCCUCUAUGAGAGUUUCAUUAGAUUCCGACGAUGAUGAACAGAGUGUGAUGGAAACCGAGCCGUCUGAUUUUCCUGUGGCGAUAGAUAUCAAGGUUGGAUGUGAUACCAAAGUGGUUGUGAUUUCAGGACCUAAUACAGGAGGUAAGACAGCUACAAUGAAAACCCUAGGUUUGGCUUCUAUCAUGUCAAAGGCUGGAAUGUUCUUACCAGCUCUAAAACAUCCAAGGCUGCCUUGGUUUGACCUUGUCCUAGCUGAUAUUGGUGAUCACCAGUCACUAGAACAAAGUCUCUCUACCUUCAGCGGGCAUAUAUCACAACUGUCUAAGAUCUUGAAAGUGGCAUCAAAGGAAUCACUUGUCCUUCUAGAUGAAAUUGGAAGUGGAACUGAUCCUUCCGAAGGAGUGGCUCUUUCUACUAGCAUAUUGCAGUAUCUAAAAGAUAGGGUUAAUUUAGCCGUUGUAACUACACAUUAUGCUGAUUUAACUAGAUUGAAGGAAGUAGAUAAUCGGUAUGAAAAUGCAGCUAUGGAAUUCUCUCUUGAGACUUUACAACCUACAUAUCGAAUUAUUUGGGGAAGCACGGGUGACUCAAAUGCCUUGAGUAUAGCUAGAUCGAUUGGCUUUGAUGAAAAGAUAAUUCAAAAUGCACAAAACUGGGUGAGCAAGCUGGUUCCAGAAAAGCAGCAGAAGCGACAGAAUUCUAUUUAUCAAUCGUUAAAUAAAGAGAAAAUUAAACUCGAAGAUCAAGCCCAAAAGGCUGCAUCCUAUCUUUCAGAUGUCUUGACUCUUUUUAAUGAGAUCAAAGAUGAAGCUGAAGAUCUGGAUAAACGGGAGGCAGCUCUCAAGGCAAAGGAGACACAGAAGGUCAGAGAAGAGAUAGUGGCUGCUAAACGUAGAAUAGAAAAAAUCGUAAACGAUUUUGAUUGUAGAAUUAGAGCUGCAAACCCCGAACAGUUUGGCAUUCUUAUUAAGAAAUCAGAGUCUGAAAUAGCAUCAAUUGUGGAAGCUUAUUGUCCUUCUGAUGGUCUAUUAUCCAUCACUGAAGAUGAUAACGACGGCUCUUUUACACCAAGAAUCGGUGAGCAAGUAUAUGUUAAGAAAUUAGGUAAAUUAGCUACUAUAGUUGAAGCUAACCAAGACGAUGACGAUAUUCUCGUCCAAUAUGGAAAAAUUCGUGUCCGAGUGAACAAAAGCAAUAUUAAACCUCUUUCAAAUAACAAAACAAAGUCGAAGAUCCCCUUGACACGCUCAAGAACAAAGGAUCUGAAUAGGAAUUUGGGUAAUCAAUUAGAAGGAAGCAAAAGUGAAGAGGCUCCAUAUGGAGCUAUUGUGCAGACAUCUAAGAACACUGUAGAUUUACGUGGUAUGCGAAUAGAGGAAGCAUCUCAUUAUCUGGAUAUCGCAAUAAGCUCGAGUGCACCCAAAUCAGUGUUGUUCGUAAUUCAUGGGAUGGGCACGGGUGUUAUUAAAGAGCGGGCUAUCGAAAUAUUGAGAAAACAUCCUCGGGUUGAGAAAUUUGAACAAGAAAGUGCUGUGAACUAUGGAUGUACAGUUGCUUAUAUAAAAUUGUAAAAUUUGUAAAUAAUUUGUUGCGAUGCAUAGUUUUGUAGACUUGAUUAAAUACAAUAUACAGGAAUAUUGUAAUA